CGGCGUUGCCUGAAGGACCCCAGGGCAGUCCAUGCCGCUGUGCUGCCGGCGGACCAGGAGUCCGAAUUUCGGGAGCCCCAGCCCGAACCGCCGCCGCCGUCCGUGUCUGUGCCCGAGCCCCGCUGACCGCGGGCCUCCCCUGCCCGGCCGCCAGGAUGCUGGAGGAGGCGGGCGAGGUGUUGGAGAACAUGCUGAAGGCCUCGUGCUUGCCCCUCAGCUUCAUCGUCUUUCUGCCCGCCGUGCUGCUGCUCGUGGCGCCGCCGCUGCCCACCGCCGACGCGGCGCACGAGUUCACCGUCUACCGCAUGCAGCAGUACGACCUGCAGGGCCAGGCUUACGGCACCCGGAACGCAGUGCUCAACACGGAGGCCAGGACGGUGGAGGCGGACGUGCUGAGUCGCCGCUGCGUCAUGAUGCGGCUGGUGGACUUCUCCUAUGAGCAGUACCAGAAGGCGCUGCGGCAGUCGGCGGGGGCCGUGGUCAUCAUCCUGCCCCGGGCCAUGGCCGCCGUGCCCCAGGACGUCAUCCGGCAAUUCAUGGAGAUUGAGCCCGAGAUGCUGGCCAUGGAGACCAUCGUCCCCGUCUACUUUGCAGUGGAGGACGAGGCCUUGCUUUCCAUCUACGAGCAGACCCAGGCGGCGUCGGCCUCCCAGGGCUCCGCCUCUGCAGCUGAAGUGCUUCUGCACACGGCCACUGCCAACGGCUUCCAGAUGGUGACGAGCGGGGCCCAGAGCAAGGCCGUGAGCGACUGGCUCAUCACCAGCGUGGAGGGCCGGCUGACGGGCCUGGGCGGAGAGGACCUUCCCACCAUUGUCAUCGUGGCGCACUACGACUCCUUCGGGGUGGCUCCGUGGCUCUCGCACGGCGCCGACUCCAACGGGAGCGGGAUCUCUGUGCUGCUGGAGCUGGCCAGGCUCUUCUCGAGACUCUACACCUACAAACGCACCCACGCGGGGUACAACCUGCUGUUUUUUGCCUCAGGUGGAGGCAAGUUUAACUAUCAGGGUACUAAGAGGUGGUUAGAAGACAAUCUGGAUCACACAGACUCCAGUUUGCUGCAGGACAAUGUGGCUUUUGUCCUCUGCCUCGACACUCUGGGCCGAGGGAAUGGCCUGCACCUGCAUGUGUCGAAGCCCCCCAAGGAGGGGACCCUGCAAUAUGCUUUCCUUCGAGAGCUUGAGAUGGUGGCUGCCAGUCAGUUCCCAGAGGUGAGGUUUUCCAUGGUGCACAAGAAAAUCAACUUGGCAGAGGACAUGCUGGCUUGGGAACACGAGCGCUUUGCCAUCCGCCGGCUCCCGGCAUUCACAGUCUCCCACCUGGAGAGUCAUCGCGAUGGGCUGCGAAACAGCAUCAUGGACGUCCGGUCACGUGUAGAUUCCAAAACCCUGACCCGUAACACUCGAAUCAUCGCAGAAGCCCUGACCCGGGUUAUCUACAACCUGACCAAGAAGGGCACCCCCGCCGAUCUCCAGAUCUUCACAGAGCAGAUGCAGAUCCAGCAGGAGCAGAUCGACUCGGUGAUGGACUGGCUCACCAACCAGCCCCGCGCUGCCCAGCUCGUGGACAAAGACAGUACCUUCCUCAACACCUUGGAGUAUUACCUGAGCCGUUAUCUGAAGGACGUCAGGCAGCACCACGUGAAGGCAGACAAACGGGACCCCGAGUUUGUCUUCUACGACCAGCUGAAGCAGGAGAUGAACGCCUACAGGGUCAAGCCGGCCAUCUUUGAUCUCCUCCUAGCCCUCUGCAUAGGAGCCUACUUGGGAGUGGCUUACUUUGCCGUCCAGCACUUCGGCCUCCUCUAUAAGACAGUGCAGAGAAUAUCUCUGAAGAUGAAGCAGCAGUGAGCGCCCUCGCUGCCGUCAGCCGCACUGAGCCAGCGCCCGGAGGGAGCAGCAGGAGCUCCCCCUCAGCCCAGCCGUCUCCGCCCUUUUGUCCCCCAGCCCCCGCCGGCUCGGGCCGCCUCCUGCUCUUCUCUCCAGAGAAGGGGCGGCCGGGGACCUCCACAACCGCUCAGGCCCCCCCUUCCCCGGCCCAGGCCCCGCUGAGACACUGAAUCGCAGGCGUCCUGGAGCUCCCCGGGAGAGUGGCCGGGGGGUCUCAGCCCUCCGGGACCCACGGGCCAGGCCCGUCCUGGCCGAGCCGAGCUCUCCCCCUUGACCUCGGAGCUCAUGUUAAAGUGCACACCUGAAUUAAAGAGAAGCGGAAACUUGAGGACUCCUUUCCAGGCCAGAGGUUCUGGCCAGGCUUUCUCUCUGCCUUCGAUCGGAAGGCCUGGGUGCCCAGGAAUGGGCUGGGGCCGAGGCCGAGGCCGGAGGCCGCCCGGGAGGAGACUGACGGAGACUUGGGAAGUGGGGCGUGAGCCCCAUCCUGGGGCCCUAGAGAUCUGGCAGCUUGGGGCUUAUGAUGGGAAGGCAGGCUCUGAGUUAGGAAGGGGGCCCGGCAGAGGUGGGGCCUUGGGAGGGAGGGUGGUCCUGCCCCAGGAGGUCUCUCUGGGGGCUUCGGAGGCGAUUGCCCUUCGGGGCACUCUGAGAGAAGUUCCCUUGCGGUGGGCUUCAGGCCUUCUCUGACUUUCCUGCUCCCCAAUCUGUCUCCAUGGGAGGGCAAGUACCCCAUACAGCAUCCCUGAGCCUUGGCCCCUGGGCACCAGUCUGGGCAGCGGGGGAGGCCCAGGUCCCUGUCUCUAAACCUGUCUCCUCUAAAGUGAGGGCGUUGGACUGGAUGACCUCUAUGGUCCCUUUCAGCUCUGACCUCCCGGCUUGGUUGCUCCCUUCUUUCUACUCCAGGGGGUCCCUUCCUCUGGGACACGGGGAGGAGGAACGGCCAAAGGAAAACUGGCAUUUCUGCUUUCAAAUAGCUGAGCCCCGACAAGGGGUGUUGGCGUUACCUUGUGUCUCAGAAAGGGGCCCCAGGUGAGUGCCACCGAGAGGCGGGCCACGGUUGGCUUUCAGGGAGCUGCCCAGGAUGGUCACCCUGUGAGGUGGUGAGGUGCCCGUCACUGGAGAUGUUUUGAGCAGGAGCUCUUGGGAAGACUCUGGGAGGAUUGCCUGGAGCUGGGAGCGCCGGGAUGAUUCUCUCCUGACCCCGUCUCUCCUACCAAUGGGGCUCCCGCACCUGUGCAUCUGGACUGGGCCCGUGUGGGCUUGUUUUGGGAGGGUCUUCCCAGGAAGUCCUGGGCCUGGCUCAGCUCCUUCCCAGCUCCUACCUGCCACUUGUACAUACAAGUACAUACACAGUGGAGAUGGCCUGCCCUGGAAGAGCUGGGUUUAGGUGGGAGCAGAUUGCCCAGGGAGGUCCCCAGAAAGGCAGGAAAAGAAGGGGUGCUUGAGGAGGGGGCCAAGGGCUGCCCUCUUUGCUGCGCCUCCUCGGCUCCAGGCAGAAGCCCCAGAGGCUCAUCUGGUGCCAGCCGAUGCCUCCUCCAUUUUCCUGCUCAAGGCUCAGAAUGGCCUUGUUUUCUACCUGCCCCCCCUCCAAACCCAACUCAGGCCAGCCAGCCCUUGGGCUGGGGUCACCGUUUGCAUAAUCCUCAUGUCUCCCGCCUCACUCCAUCCUGAAGGUGCCUCUUCUGCUUCAGGGCUUCAGGGUGGGCCUGGAAGGCUUUUCUCUGGCCCUCCAGCCUGUCCUACCACAGCCUCUGGCCUUGUUUGAGCUUCUCAUUGAGCCCUUGGGGCAUGGCGGGCCUACCUGGCGCUGCAGCCCAGCCUAAGGGGAGCCCUGGAUGGCAUCGGGAGGGCCAGCUGGUGAAGGCCCUUCGUGCCCUGGACGAGCUUUCUGCAGUGAUUGCCCCCAGGGCCCUCCGGCUCCGACUUGAUAUGUUCUUGCUCUGAGGUGAGAUUUCUGGGGGAGGACUUGGAGGGAACAGUGGGGCAGAAGGAGCUGCCCUGUUUCCUGCCACACUUCUAGAUCCCUCCUUCAACACACCCUUUACACAGGUUCCACUGUGGGCGAAAUGGGCCCUCCCUUCUGGAGGUCUUUGGGUGACCCAGCUAGCCCUUUGUCUUCCUGGGCCUGUCCACGCGGAGGUUGGACCCAGCUCCCACGGGGUGGUUUGGGGGCCUCCCCUCCCUUUCUAUUGUUUUACAUGAGCACUGAUGUGUUUGGGCUAAGAAGUUUCUGCCUAGGAUUGAUCAGUAAGGUCAAUGGAUUGAUUAAUUCAGGGUCCCUGCAAAUUGUGGGAAGAAAUAACUUGGAAAAAUAAAGCCAUAUUGAAAGAUU